AUGGUACGGUUAAAUCUUUCUGGAUUAAUGUUAAUUCAUCAAAAAAAAUAUUCAUUUAGAUUAAAGAAAGCAUACCGAAAGAUAGGAUAUAUUAGCAUCCUUAUUUGGAACAUACCGCUAUUAGUUACUAUUUUAGGUAGCAAUAUGACAAUGCUAUCUUCACAAGGUGGGGUUCAUGAUAUUGCUAGUACUAACGUAUCAUUUCUACCACAAGAUACAUUUACUACUAAUAAUUUUUAUAAUACUAAUGCACAACCACUUUUAAAUGAUAAUAAUUCUAAAAAUUGGACAAAUUAUUCUACACAACAAAAUAAUACAAUUUCUAGUCAAAAUAAUACUUCUACAAUUAGCAAUAAUACAUCAACAGGAAUGAUUGAUAAUAAUGUUUUAAGUAAUCAUACUGCUAUGCUACAAAAUCAUCUCAAUAUGAAUAUUGACCAAUUUAAAUGGCCUGUUGAUCCAUUAUAUAAUGCUGCCAAUUUUGCAGUUGCUAAUUCAUUUUAUGAUAAUAGUAUACCCUAUCCAACAGAUCCAUUUCCAUCAACAUCUACAGCACAAGCAUUAUCAAAUUAUAAGAAUAGUGAUAUGAAUAAUUGUACAAGUUUAACAGCAGCAGCAUGGAAUAAUUAUCAAAAUGUUAUUUUACCACAAGGAAAUACUUUUACUGGAAAUUAUCCAUGGAAAAUGUCAAAUAUAAAUAAUUUAAAAAAUAAAGUUAUUAAAAAUGAUAGUCAUUUAACACAUGAUCCACCAUACAGAACUGGACCAGGAACCAAUAAUGUCAGAGUCCGAACAUCAGAUAAAUAUCGUAUGGUUUAUACUGAUUUUCAACGUUUGGAAUUAGAAAAAGAAUACAGAACAAUGCAAUUUAUUAAUGCAGAACGUAAAGCACAAUUGUCGCUUGAUUUAAAAUUAACUGAAAGACAGAUAAAGAUAUGGUUUCAAAAUAGGAGAGCCAAAGAUAGACGUGAAAAACAGAAGGGACAUGGUGGAACAUCACCUAGUAUAUAA